AUGGAAAAGUAUCUGAAUAAUUCCUAUACACAAAAUGUGAUCAAAGUACUACACGUUGAUAUUAAACAAUCAAAGGCCACACACAGCAAUUUACCACUGGACCUUAUUCCAAAAGCAUUAGAAGCUCUCAAUUGCGAUCCUCAAAAAGGAACAAAAUUAGCGUCAGAGGUGUUGAACAGAUUCCCCUUAUUACCAUUCGAAGGUGGGGCCAAGUUGGAAAUUGUGAAACUCGUGACCAUUAUGGGAUUUCCUGAUCCGUCCAAGGAAUAUAUCGUCGAAAAUACAACUACUAGUACAACUAGAAAAUACAACUACUAG